AGAGAGAGAGAGAGAGAGAGAGAGAGAGAGAGAGAGAGAGAGAGAGAGAGAGAGAGAGAGAGAGAGAUUGGUUCAUGACUUCAUAUCAAUAUCGAUUGGACACAAAUCGGGGAAGUGAAAACAAAUAUUAUUUAAGCAACGUUAUUCAUUAAUGGAGUAUUAAUUACAUUAUCGUCGACUACUGUAUCUUCGUUUGUCUUAUAAGAUAUCUUUAAAAAAAACUCAUAAGCGUAGUCAAAUACCCUCUUAAUCGACUUAUUAAUGCGCUAUUAUUUACUCAAUUAACUACAACUACUUAAUAUUAUCAUAACAGGCCAUCCAUAAAAGAAAAAGUACUAAGGAAUUCGACCACCAUACUUUUAUUUUUACUUUUUCUAAUCUUUUUUCCAUAUAGAAUGACUUAAAAGUUGAAAGUGAAUUCUUGCCUAUUGAGAUAGCUUACUUCAUUAUUUGCCGGCAGUUUUCUUAAACAACAAUUAAGCUGUUCUGAUUAUUCAAAAAAAAAAAAAAAAAGAAGUAGUAAAGCUGAUGGUUUCAUCUGAACAUGAAGCGUACGACAACUUGGUGCGAAAAAAACUCGAAGCUCCAAUGCCAUGGAUAGGCCUGUAUGUUGCAGCAGCCACUGCUCUCUGCACAUUGGCAAUGGCAGCAGACGCAUUGAGAGGCUUUCGAAGCAGAAGGUUUUGGUUCCCGUGUAAGUACUUCUCUCUCAAUGCUUUUUCUCUUACACUGUUAGCCGUGGCGAUGAAACUUCCCGUUGAUCUUACUAAUUUCGUGGUUGGAGUUAACGACCAAAUCGCCGGAGUUAGCAGCCUUGUUCUCAUGUCGACCGCUAUGGCUAAUUUCACGACAUCUUUGGGGUCCAUGACCAAUGAUGAGAUUGCAGUAAACUUGGCUGCUCUAUCCAUUCUUGUUAUUACAAUCACGGGGAAUGUCUGCAUCCACAUUGUCCAGACGAGGCAUUUUCUUUUUGUGCGCGAUAUAUUGGCUGAAGAAGUCGGAUCCACUUUAGCCAUGCUUCUUCUUCUUUUGAUAUUAUGCUCUUCGGCUGUGAUGGUCCCCACUGCCAAACGGUACAUAGACUUGGCGUGCCGUGAGAUGCGCAGGCGAGUCGUCAUUUCGAAUAACAAGAAAGUGGAGUGGGGAGAAUUCAGUGUCGGUGAGCUCAGAGUAGCUGUGAGAAGAUAUUGGGUUAUGGCAGAAACGGGGAGCUCCCAAUUCGUCAUCGCACGCUCCGUGGGGUCCGUUUUUUCGGGAUUGGUGUGCCUGUUGAUGGGUCUAACUCUUCUAGAAGCUCAUAUUCGAAUGCCUCUUGUGUACGAUAAUUUCGUACGGACUCAUUCUAGUUACAAGUGGUCGGUUAAUUGGAUUCUUGUGGUCCAGGCUAUUGGAGUGGCGUUGGGUACUAUUGCUCCUCUUAUGAGAUGGUUCAUUGCUGCCCGAUUCAAGAGCUUCGAAAUGGGUCGUAAAAGUUUCGAAGACGAAUUUAAAGUCGAGAGUUAUUGGACUCAAGUUCUGGUCGAUUGGAGAGAGAGCCCCGUGCCUUUACAAAUCGGAUCCCACAAAUUCAAGAAGCUUCUUCAUGAUGUGAAAGGAUUGCUUCUGAAUUUCUGCAUUGGAGUUCAGAUUGCGAUUGUUCUUUCCAGCAAACUAGUUCUACUCCUUUCGGCUACCUUUUUGAACGGACUUUUAUUUAUCAAGAAUCGAAAGGCGUGUUGUUGUUUCAAAGAAUCAAGAACUGGAACGGGGUCGUUGGAUUAUAGCAGUUAUGUGCUGCUGCUUGAGGGAGAGUCGAAGCUGCCUCAGAAGACGCUGACGAACAUAUGCAAUGAGGCGGAUAAGUUGAUCCAAAUAGGUCGAAAGAAGCAGUCCAAGAACCUCGUCGAACUUGUAAAGAAAUCUGUCAACUUCAACGGUGUGAGAGAAUUCGACUCCGAUGAAGUUCCGAUCUUGCAAUAUCAUCAAGAACCUCCAAACUGCUGGUCUCUGCCAGUUGUUACGUUAACAAGCAUCGCAAUCUCACUCCCCAACGUCUCGGAUCGUAAGCGUAAUUUUCUAUUGAGUUCUGCGAGCAGAGGCCUCUACUUUGUGAAGCUCGUAGAGAAAUCUCUCGAUAGAAACGGAGAUUCGGCAAUCAUUCGUCAUGCAGCAGAUGUGGUUUGGGUGGGAGUUGAAUUAUCUAAGAAAUGGCAGGAUAAGGAUCUCCAGAGUGCAAGUCUCGGAGGUGGGUCCCACAAGGAGACACUGCAAAACCUUUCGGACACUGCUGAAAAGAUUGUUAUAGAUUUCACGACCGAAACGAAAGAUCCUCUGAUGAUGCAGAACCCUCUCAACUGGCCUGUUAAAGUUAUAGCUGCUCGUUCAAUGUACCGAAUAACUCAAACGAUCAUGCUAGCGCACAAAGACGACCAUAGCCUAACGAACGAGGAGCUGUUCGAGAGAUUAUCAGUAAUGAUUUCAGACAUAUUUGCAGCUUGCCUCACCAAUUUAGUGUCGGUCAUAAUCUUGAAAUGCCACAGCAAUGCUAUCGAAGAAAGGGAGGAAAGUGUCAGGCAAGCAGCGAUUCUUUUAGGUGAGAGUGAAGAGAUCCUUGAAAUUCUAGAGAAGCGCGAACUUCCGAGAUUGGAUCCAAAAAAAGCAGGUGAUAUUGAAGAGUGGAGGGCGUUUAUGGAAUUGAAUCCACCAGCAUCUGUCUCGGCCUCGAGCAACAACGGCACAGCAAAUCCACAAUCCAAUGUUGAGCAAGUUUCAGUUGAAAUACGGGGCUGAUUAUUUUGCAAGAAGACGCAGCAUUUUACGAAAUCUUGAUACUGAAAACAGGUAUUGUUAGCCCUUGCAUUAUCAUUUUUUAGUUUGUAUUAUGGUACUAUUUUCUGCAUUUUACCCUAGUGUUCUGUAUAAUAAAAAUGGUUUGUUG